AUGCCCCCGGUAGCUUCGGACGACUUCUUCCGCCAGCACACCCAGGGCUCCAGUGAUCCCAGCCCGGUCACCGACGAUUUGCAGCGAGCCAGUCCAGAGAAUGAGCUUGGUGGAAAGAGCAAGAAAAAGGGCAAAAACGGGUCAAAGGGGAAGGCCAAAGCCACCAAAGCCGCCCCAAGACCUCCACCUGAACCUGAAGACUUGAUCCAAACGUCCUCUCCGUCACCGCCGGAACCGUCUUCGUGUCCAGAUCCUCCGUUGGAGCUUCACGCCACCAAUAAUGUAGCGUCGCCGGCCUUGAACGCGUUGGAUACCUUUGAGGAGACGCCAGAGAAUGAUAUCGUCUACCGAACGGAUAGUUGGGCAAAAGCCAUCCCGUUCGGAAAGAGUCCGCCUACUGAUGUUCUUGACGGCGAAUUGGCCAGUGGUUCUCCCGGCGGGUUUCUCCUGCAUCCCGACAAAGGUGGCUUUAGCAAUCCCUCGUCGGCAUCUCCCGGAACGAGGCCUUUGAGUUAUGGGACUGGAUAUAACUCGUCCCGGCAGGCAUCUGCGGACAGGCGUAAGAGCCACUCCGUCAGUAGCCCUUUUAACCAGAUACCUUUACCCCAUUUGCCCCAGGCCCAUUUUUAUGGUGCCCCAGAGAUUGAUCUUCCCUUGUACUCGGGCCAGAAUCGAUCGCAAACAGAGGUGUCCUAUUCUUUCUGUGCCUUCGAUACCAUCUCAAGUGUCUCCUCAAAGACACCGAGAAUGGCUAACAACGUACUCCUGGUCGGCGGCGAUGGAUUCCUGGAGGUUCUAGCCAUCGAGGCCCACAAAACUCGCCCCAUAGGAAAGCUGACAGGUCUUAAUGGUCGGGUGAUUGAAGCAAAGUUGGUGGUAAGCAAUUUGACGAAUGACUCCUAUGCGCCGUCACGGCCCCAUGUUGCCGUCACCAUCCAUGGGCCCUCGGGCCUGUCCGAUGACGAAGGACCUGCAUCUUCUACUGGCUCGGAAACAAACGAGAACCCCUCGGUCGCCGUUGGGCGGCAGCCCCCUGCUGAAAAGCGGUCAAACAAAGACGAUGCCAAGUAUUAUCAGACUCGGGUUGAGGUGUACUCCCUGAGAAACGGAGACCAUGUUGCCACUCUUUUUGCAACCCAGCCGUCACCCUGCUUUGAAAAUAUCCCUGGUCUUCCAGUAUUCGCGCCGUCGCCCUCUGGCAACCUGAAAAUUUUUGCCAGCGGAAACCAUGUUGUCGUGGCAUCUGGCGCCAGUGGCGAGGUGUUUAUCUAUAGCAUGAACGGUUAUCGAUGUCUAGGAAAAACCUGGACCAGUAUCCAAACCAAAGAAGCCCGGCGCUACUCCGCUUCGUCGAGUUCAACGGACCCGGAUGGAUCGAGGAAUGACUCUCCUCAUGGGUUCGCCAAUAAUGACCAUCCUAUUAUCAACAUGGAAGGCCGAUGGUUAGCGAUCGUCCCGCCAUCUUCGGCCUAUAGGGGAUCGAUCCGAGGAACGGUCCCUGCAUCCCUGCUACGAGGGAAAACAUUUGGACUCGAGACUAGCAGCCCGCCAUCAAGACCGGCAGUCACCAGUGCCACUGACGUAGGCGAGGGCGAGAGCUUCUUUGAUAAAAUGGCCCGGGGCGUUACACAAGAGCUCGUGCGGGGUGCGCGAUGGAUGGGCGAUCAAGGCCUUCAAGCCUGGAACAGUUAUUGGAACAAAGAUCAGGCCCCAAACACAACUGCGCGCCGCUCGCCUAAUAUGAUGGACUUUCCUCAGCAAGGAUACAGUCCUUUCCCGCCCACACAUGCCCAAGAAACCCAGUCUGCUACAGCCUCGGAGCCUGACUUGGUCUCAAUCAUGGACUUGAAGCGGCUGGACGAAAGUGGCGAGACCAAGAGCACCUCGUACACCCCGGUAGCCACAUUUCAAGUCCCUAACGGCUGCAGCUUUCUAUCGUUUUCGCCGAAUGGCUUGAUGCUGCUCACUGCCAGCAAAAAGGGCGAUGUUCAGUAUGUCUGGGAUCUGAUGCAAGAGAAGCACUGUCGAGCAGGGGCAUUCCUGGCCGAAGAUUCGGUGACUCCCUGCGCAACUGUGCGCCAGGUUGCUCGCUAUGCCCGGUUGACCACUUCGUACAUCGUGGACGUCAUCUGGUGCCCUCCAUCUGGGGACCGACUGGCGAUCAUCACUCGCAAGGGGACUGUGCACGUUUUCGACCUGCCGCGCAGUGCAUUUCAGUGGCCUCCGUUCCGGCGAGCUCGGCCGCCGCCGAGCAAAUCGCCUGCUCACGAUGUGCCUGCGGACGAACUGUCAGACCGGGCAAGCAGUGCCAACCCGCUCUCCGCGGCAUUCAAACUUGUGGGGGGCAAGACGCAGCCGAUUCUCGCGGCCGUCCGGGGUCGUACUCCGUCGGCGAGCGCUGCAUUCCCUGCCGUGGGUGGAUUUGGCAUCCCUUCUGCGGCGGGAGUUCGGGGCGGGAAGGUUGUCGCUGCCGGUCUCAGUAAAUCAGUGGGAGCGGCGGCUACCGGGACAGUCAACACCCUUCGGCAUGCUGGCGAAAACCGCCUCCAUCUGUCGGGGCUGGCCCGCGACCCUGCUGCCUCCCGCGUGAUCUGGAUCACCCACAAGGGCCAGCCAUUCCUGGGUCUGGUGAGCAGUGGCGUUUUCCGACUGUACCGAGUCCGCCGGUCGCCGUCCACAAACAAGAACCGGCAAUUCCAGUCGGUCAUCGGCGCCAAGGAAAACGAGAUUCGACUGCCAGCCAGUCUGCAGACCACCUGCGGCGCCAUGCCUGUUGGCACCUUCAAUCCCGAGACGACGAUCACCGCGUCGUGGGCCUUGCCGUCGUCGAUUCCACGGCCAGCGGCUGCGUCCAAACUCAAGUGCCAGCCACUCUCCCAGGCGGAGAUCGAGACCAACGCGCCGUACCAGCCCUUCCACACCGACCAGCGAGUGAACCUCUUUGUCUACUCGGAAACGAGCGAUUCCGACGACGCGCAGACGUCGAUUCCCACGGGGCGGUGGGUCUUUGGCGACAGCAUGCCGAUGUCCAAGCUCCAUGUGCGCCCGUUCAGCGCGGGUGGGGAUGACGAGGACGACCACGACGAGGUCAUGCAUGGCCAGCACGGCGGGUUCGGCGGAGAAAUGGAGAACCUGAUCAGUCUGGGCAACAGUACGGGCCACGUCGAGGAGGUUGUCAUCACCACGCGUCGCAAGAAGAAAAACUCCUCUCCGUUCCCUUCGGCUGGUUCUGGGGGCGAUGACGGGUUUUUCGAAGAUGACUGCGAAGUGCUAGACUUUGCUCAAGAUCGAGUUUAA